AUGGCUGACUCAAUCUCAUCUAUGAGUGGCGAACCAUCUCAUCAACGAACCAAUGAUGACGUCUCGGUCGAUUUGCCACAAGAGCUGGUAGAUUCCGACAAUGAAGACUUUCUCUGUGAUGAUCCAGAUCCUGAUGAUAACAGUAUCGUUGGAAAAGACGACUUUGAUCUCUUGGCAUCUGGUGCGGAACAAGCCAAACGUGAUCGAAUGUGGCAGUUUUGCACUGUUGGAACACCGGAGGGCGAAGAAGAAGACCAUUGCAUCAACAAGGGUGACACUGUUGUACAAAUUAAAGACCUUGAACCAGAUGUAAAUAUUCCUGGCAUUCCUCCCAACCACCAACCGAUGCAAACGGAAGUGGACGCUGGAGAGGUUCCUUUUGAUAAAGUUGACAACCCAGGAAACUGGUCUGACUACUUCUAUUGUCGCCAGUUCGACGACAACAGUCAAUAUACUGGCCAUUUCCUACCAGCCGGCGCCAAACCGGUUCCACUUUCUGAUGGGAAUAAGAAACGAACCUGUAAUGGAUGGGAGUUUCACUAUAGCCCUUGGGAGAACAAGGAUUCAACAACUUCUUUCAGAAGCGGCGCUUCAACGAAAAACAUGUUUCCAGAAAGCCGAAAAGGUAGCUUGAACUCCACCACCCUCAAGAAGCUUGGCCUUACCAAGGAGCGAAUGGAAAAAGCGGAUGCCCUGUUCUUUUAUCAAUUGAUCUAUCCAAUCUGCGACCCCAAGAGGUCUGGAAUUGAAGGUGAUCCAAGGAAAGCCUAUUACUUCGAUGUCGGGGGCUUCACAUCGAAGUAUGCAGUCUUACAUGGCUACGGUUCACCUUAUGCCCCCCCUUUUGAGCCGAUGUAUGUAUGGGAUCUAGUGGUCUUUCAUGGCAUUCUGGUUCGAGAUGGUGUCCAUGGAGGAAGCAAGGGUGCCAUCUACCGUCGCUGGGAUCCAACAACUUCAUGUUACGAUCCAGAAAUUGCGCAAGCAAUGAGCCUUUAUCGCUGGCGCCAAAUCAAAAAAGUAUUCAAGCUGAACGACAUAUACGACAACAGCGGUAGACGAGACAGUCCUACAUACAAUCCUGCACACAAAUUCGACUUGGCGUACAGAGUCAUCGUUGAAAACUGCAAUAGCUUGACAUUGCAUGCGGAGCUUGACCAAUGUGCAGACGAAAUGACAUGGAAAUUAAUGGGAUAUGGAGAUGGGAAGAAUGGAGUUACCAAAGGUGGGCAACUUGUGUUGACAACCGAUGCUUCUCGGUGCCGUCCUCGUGCAUAUCUGCACCGUCACAACUUGCACCAUCGCCCGCAAGGCUGUGGUGACAAACGAGGGCCGAACGAGGUCCGAUUACUAGUUGAUAAACUGUCCUGCAUGAUCUCCAAGGAAAAUGGCGAUGCUCGAAUCUUCCGAGAGGCACCUCACAUCACUCUUGAUGACUUCUUCUCCGGUGACGAAAUCAUGGAUCAUAUUGGUCGCCUCGGAUUCGCUGCCACCAUAGCAUGCCGUCCAGACCGACUGCCCUUGGGUGUCCCCAAGUUCUACUUUCAUCAUGAGAAAGUUCUUGUUGAUGAUCGCAGCAAGGCCACACGGCUCAUUCAACCCAUCACUGCUGUGAAGUCGUUUCCUAAGGAUGACAACAACAAGGCCUACCAACGCACGCAUGUCUCCUUCCAAAGCGCUGGUCCCACCAACAUUUCAACUGUAAAUGCGCUCAACACGAAUCAACUCCUUAUCCAUGUCAAAGAAGAGAGAGGCGUCGGCAAAAAGAAGAGAAAACGGGGUGUCGAGAUGAAUAACGGAAGACUCCAGUACCUCUCGCACUGCAGAGGAGUCCACAACAUUGAUCGUAUGAUUUCUGACUGCUGCCUUCAAUACCGUAGCAGGAAAUAUUGGCACAGUCCAAUGCUUCAGGCACUUGCACUUGCCAUUGUCACUGCAUACGACUUAUACUUGGAAAGUGCCAGCGGAAGCUUGGAUCCUGUGUGGCAGCUACAAAAGCCAAUGAGUUUCCAUCAAUUCCGCGACCGACUCUCAAGUCAGAUGCUGAGCUACAAACCAAAGUACAAUCGAUACCCAGGUGAUGAAGCUUUUGGCUCCCAUUCGCCCCCCAUCCAAAAAGUACGCACCAAGACCGAUGCUGAGCCAAGCAAGAGAUCCCGCAAAAUCGAAGCGGCCGCAAAUGGUUGUGGCAAGCGGUGCAUUAUGAUUGACGGUUUGGAAGCUACCAAGAAGACUAAACGGCCCAGAGUUGUCUAUCAUCAUGCUGACUUGUCCAAACAUUUGAAAUCCUUUCUGGAAAAGAAAGCUACAAUUUCUUCGGGUGCCAAGUGUGUUUGGUGCAAUGAGAAGGCAUACACUCGAUGCACCAUCUGCGGUGUACCCUUGCACAACUUCCCUGCAAAGGGAGUACACAAAGGUAAAUCGUGCUCUGUAGAUUGGCACAAUGCCAACGCUUCGGAGUGA